AUGAAAAGCCUGCAGCUCUACAAGGUUGCACUUUAUCAUAAACUGGUGGACCUGCGGCUGCCGUGCGGCUUGCUGCGCGCGGUCGGGCUGUGGCCCACGGGGGGCAGGCCGCUGCUGUACUCGGCCUACACCGCCUGGAGCCUGCUGAUGCUGCUGUGCAGCGUGCUGGGGCAGUUGGCAGGCCUGCGCGGCCACUGGACCAACCUGCCCACGGUCGCCACCUCCGUCUGCCUCGCGCUCACCACCUCCUGCACCAUCUUCAAGGUAGGGCUGGCGGCUGGCGGCUGGCGGCUGGCUGGCCCACGGGCCAACAGCGCACUGCUAUUGCAGCAAAGGGCCGCGCGGGGAACCGGCGUCGAGUCGCGCUGCCCGGCUGACUUGGCGCGCCCGCAGGCGCUGGUGUUCCUGCGGCAGCGGCGGCGCGUCGACGGCCUGGUGUCGAGGGUGCGGGCCUGCGCGGCCGCCUUCUCGCCGCUGCGGACGGCCAGCCGCGCCGCCAUGUUGCGCGAGGCGCGGCGGCGCGCGCUGCUCAUGUUCUGCGUCUUCUUCGGCAUCGGCGCCGUCGCGCUCAGCCUCUUCUACGCGGGGCCCGCGCUGCAGAACCUCCAGGACGCCGAGGUCCUCGCCAGCGCCGCAGGUAACGGGACGUCGGAGAGACACCUGGGCCGCAACCUGCCGAUGCUGAUCUGGUGGUACGGGGGCCAGCCCGUGCGGACGCCCUACUACCAGCUCAGCUACGCGCUCAUCUGCUACUGGUUCAUGCUCAUCUACCUGUCCACCAGCACGCUGGACGCCUUCUACGUGACGCUCAUCAUAUACCUGUCGUCGCAGCUGAAGAUGCUCAACGCAGCACUGGCCGACACCGUCCAGCUGCCGGGGCGCGGUGAAGCGGCUACCGUAGCCGACCGGCGGUCCGCGGCCUCUGGGGCGCGGCACGGGGACUACCGCAGGCUCGUGCAGUGCGUCCUCUUCCACCAGGAGAUCAUCAAGUCGGUGGAGGAGAUGGAGUCGCUUCUGAGCCCCUCCGUCCUGGCGCAGUUCGCCACCAGCACCCUCGUCAUCUGCUUCACCGCCUUUGCUGUGAUGACAUCGACGAAGAGACAAGAGAUGCCCGCCUAUGCCACGUACCUCGCCACCAUGUUCUACGAGUUGUUCAUGUACUGCUGGUACGGGGACGAGCUACUGGAGCAGAGCGACGCGCUGCGGCUGUCGGCCUACAGCUGCGCGUGGCCGGGGGCUGGCGGCCGCUUCCAGCGCUCCCUCUGCAUCCUGAUGGCGCGCGUCCAGAGGCCCCUCUGCCUCACCGCCGCCAACCUCUACAAGAUCUCGCGACAGACCUUCCUCGUGCUGCUGAAGGGCUCCUACACGUACUUCGCUCUCCUGCACCAGAUGAACGACCGCCAGCAUAUAGCUUAGCCCCACCACGCGUUCAUCAGUUUGGACUUCUAAGCCGCCGUCAACACAACUUUGCCUCACACAGCCAAUAGAGGGAAAAUUCCUCAACAUAUACUCGUAAAUUCAACGUUCUGAGAUCGAAUUAAUGUCUUGCAAAUACUAUAGAAAUAGACCAAGGCAGUAUAAAGCCUAAGAGCACCAUAUUUCAAAUGAUUUAUCACUUCCGUAAUCUGUUAUACUGUAACUUAAAAUGAAAGUUUUAAGCUGAUCAAUCUGUUAUACUGCGUUUAACUUCGUACAAAAUUAGUAAAGUGAGGGAUCUCAAACGUAAUUUACGUAAGAUAACACGAGCUGCAGAAGACAACUGGGGAAAAAGGGAAUAAUAUUGAAAUCGAAUAUUAAAAUAUGUAUUAGUCCUGGGUUUCAGUGUUACUGAAAUGUGCGAGCUGCGAUUUAGCAACGAAUUUCGCUACUAGGGUAAGACACCACUAAUGAAAAUGUAGUGCGACAUUGCUUGCAGAUGUUUAAUGUGUUUUAUAAUGAAACUAGUGCUGUAAACGCUUAUUGCUUAUCUCUGUUUUAAUAAAAUACACCUGUAUAACAUGCACUUCGGUUGAUAGUGUGUGAUUUACAUAAAUCAAAAGAUUAAAUUAAA